GCGUCUGGCGUCGAGGCGUUUCUGCGCGCCAUCGGGUAGACCCCGGUUUGUUUCGUCAUCGUUUCGAGCGUCCCUUCCCGCUCAGUACUUCCUCCAGCUUCACUGGUUUUGUGUCGUGCGGAGGAGUCGCACGUCAAUAAACGCUCGAGGUUAUCGCAAGCUAAACGUCCAGUAUGGUAGGGACAAGGGUCUAUGUCGGUGGGCUUCCAUACGGCACCAGGGAAAGAGACCUUGAGAGAUUUUUCAGAGGCUACGGUCGAUUCCGUGAUGUCCUCAUCAAGAAUGGUUAUGGCUUUGUUGAAUUCGAUGACUAUAGAGAUGCCGACGACGCCGUAUAUGAACUAAAUGGAAAGGAACUUUUAGGAGAAAGAAUUACUGUAGAGAGGGCCCGGGGGACACCUAGGGGUAGUGACCAGUGGCGCUAUGGUGACUCCCGUGGUGGUUAUGGGGACUCGAGGCGAUCUGCCCGAGACGAUAUGCGGCACGACAGAGAUAGUGUGAACAGAAACACGAGGACUGCAUCUAGCUACAAGCAAUCAUUGCCCAGAUACGGACCACCAACACGCACCGAGUAUCGUCUCACCGUGGAGAAUCUAUCAAGUCGUGUCAGUUGGCAGGAUUUAAAGGAUUACAUGAGACAAGCUGGAGAAGUGACAUAUGCUGAUGCUCAUAAACAACGUAGGAACGAGGGAGUUGUAGAAUUCGCUACGUAUUCCGACUUGAAGAAUGCUAUUGACAAAUUGGAUGACACAGAAUUAAAUGGCCGCCGAAUUAGACUCAUCGAAGAUAAACGACGUGGCCGCCGUUCAAGAUCGUCUAGUUCAAGAUCACGUUCGCGAUCUCGUUCCCGAUCCCGUCGUCGGUCGCGCUCCCGCUCAAGGUAUAAUCGUCGUUCUCGAUCCCGAUCAAGGAGCCGUCGCAGUUCUCGUAGCCAUAGCCGUCGUAGCAGCCGGUCCAAAUCUAGAGCACACUCUAAAUCCAAGUCCAAGUCUAAAUCCAAAUCCCCUGAGCACAGUCGCUCACGCUCAAAGUCCAAAUCAAGAGACCGCUCAAAGUCGAAAUCUAAGUCAAAGUCCAAAUCCAGAUCUCGUUCUAGGUCCAAGGCUGAGAGGUCAAAGUCCAGGUCGCAGUCCAAAUCCAAAGCCAAGUCUCCCUCAAAGGAUAGAUCGAGCCGCGAGCGUUCCAGAGGCGACAGAUCCAGAUCGCGAUCGGGCAGUAAACACAGCAAGAGCCGUAGCCGUUCUCGUUCGCCCAUGAACGGUGAUAAGUCACCGGAAAGCAAGAAAGCCGAUUAAACGAUAUAUUUUCAAUUAAACUAUCCUUUUCUUCUUUCUUUUUUUGUAUAUUGAAUCACAUUCGAAAAAAUCGCCAAUAUCCUAUAUUUUACAAUUUUCGAUUUAUUAAUUAUUAAUUGUAACAAUAAAGUUUCACGUAAAUCUGUA